AUGGCGGCCUUCGUCGACGAAUUGAAGACGACGAUGCAGGCCAUGGCGAAGCAGUUCGACAGGUUCCAGGACAUGAUGUCCACCGCCUUAGACAAGCUUGGAGCGCUCGAGACCUGGAAGGAGACGGCGGACGGGUCGCUCGGCACCCUGUUGCAGAAGACCACGGCGACGGCGACUCGGGUCGAGGAGACGGCGUCGCGUGUGUCUCGCCUCGAGUUUCGUCCUCCACCACCACCACCGCCCCUGCCGCCACCUCAUUGGAGCGUGCAACACCAUCCACCACCAGUUGCGAAUUGGAGCGUGCAACACCAUCCGCCACCAGCUGCGGCAGGUCUCGACCUCAACACUGCUCCCGGAGCGUCGUCAAGUGCGACGCCUCCGCGACCAAACUCGCGCAUGGGGCACGACGAUGAUAAUCAAAUCCGGGACGCUGGCGGUGGAAUCCUCGGAUUUACCCCGCCUCGCCCGGGCAACAGUACGCACUAUGGUCCCGUUUCCCAACCCCUUCCAGUUCAAGCUCCUGCUUCUGAUGAGGAUUCAGGACAUCACAAUCCCCUGUUUCCGAAGAUGGAAUUCCCCAAAUUCGAUGGAUCUAACCCCCGUUGGUGGCGUGAUCAAUGUGAACUAUAUUUCGAGGUAUAUGCCAUCCACGCGACGAUGAAGACGCGCUUCGCCGCGCUGAAUUUCAAGGAGCCCGUGGCGACCUGGUUGCAGACCGUGCAGCGGCGUGGAAGGAUUGCCUACUGGAAGCGGCUGUGCGAGCUCGUGAUGGUGAAAUUCGACAAGGAUCAGUACGAGGUACUUCUCCUGCAAUUCAAUGCCCUGAAGCAGACUGCCUCGGUGCUGGAGUACCAGGCGGCAUUCGAGAAGCUCGCACAUGGUGUAUUGCUCUACAACCCGGCGUACGACGACACCUUCGUCACAUGGUUCGUGGGUGAUCUCCGCGACGACAUCAGGUCGGCGUUGCUGCUUCACCGGCCUCGCGAUGUCGACACCGCGAGUGCUCUGGCGCUGAUUCAAGAACAAGAACUAGAGCAGGAUCUUCCGAAGUCAUCUGGGCAGGAUUUCACCAGAUCGACUUCUCACACAUUGGAGGAGAUCCUAGAUGUCUUGGACAUUGUGGAUACUUCUAAUGAUCAUGACAGUGAUGAAGAGGAGACACCCCAACAAGAGGUGCUGACAGUACAGUCUGUGCCUAACACUCAGCAAGCUCCUAGACAAACCCUGAAGCUGUUAGCUCAGAUUGGGAAGCACAAGGUGCUGAUAUUGGUUGAUUCUGGAAGUGUUGGGACCUUUGUGAGUGAACAACUGGUUAAGCAUCUAAAGCUUGAUACAUCUGCUUGUGACACCAGUACCUUUAGAGCAGCUGAUGGGGGAGUAUCUGAAGUAUUGAGCCAGUACAAUCAUCUGUUUGCUGAACCUACUAGGUUACCUCCUUCCAGAAUAGCAUAUCACAAGAUUCCACUGGUCCCAGGAGCCCAACCAGUCAAGCUUAUGCAAGCCCCAGUUUUAGUUGUUCCAGACUUUUCACAUCAAUUUGUGAUUGAAACUGAUGCCAGUGAUCUUGGCAUUGGAGCAGUGUUAAUGCAAAAUCAGCAUCCAGUGGCCUAUUUGAGCAAGGCUCUUGGACCAAGGAACCAAGCCUUAUCUGUAUAUGAAAAAGAAUGCUUGGCCAUCUUGCUUGCAAUUGAGAAAUGGAGGCCAUAUCUGCAGCACCAACCAUUUGUUAUCAAGACAGACCACAGGAGUCUACAACACCUCACUGAAGAGAGGGUUUCUACUAAAAUUCAGCACAAGGCAUUAAUCAAGCUCAUGGAUCUCCAAUAUACAAUUCAGUACAAAAAAAGAGUGAACAAUGCAGCUGCAGAUGCCUUAUCAAGAUGUGAGCACCAGAAUACAGUCCAUGCCAUAUCUAAAUGUUUACCUACUUGGGUUCAGCGGUUGCAAGAGGGCUAUGAAGAUGAUGAUCAUGCAAACAACUUCUAG